AAAUGUCAAUUUGACAGCCAUAAUCGCACUCAUUUCAUUGUGCAAUCAAAGAAACUGGAAAACUAGCUAAAGUGUAAUUACCGGCUAUUUUAUACAAUUUUACAAAAAGUAAUAAAUGUAAAAUAACCAGAAACCUUAUCGGUUGCUGAAUUCACUUUAUUCAAUAGUUCUGACUUUCGUGCUUACGCGAUUUCCGCUAACACCACCAUAAACAUCUUAACGGAUUUACUAGUGAUUCUUCGAUUAAGAAUAAUUUAUUUCUAACUAAAUUGCUUGAUGUUUAUAUGUAGCCUAUUUCAAAUUAUAUUUUGUCAACUUAACUCAAAAUAUGCACUCACUUCCACUCUCUCUUGCACGUGUCGUUCCGGUAGGCAGGCAAAAAAUUUGAAGCAGUGCAGUUAAUUGUUAAUAUCCUCAGAGGGAAGCUAAAUUAUUUAAGUGAAAUAAUAAUGUUGCUGCAACAAUUCGCCCGCGCAUUCCACACCACACGGAUAGCGUUAGCCGGUGUUGAGAAGAGUGCUUUGGCCUCACUGCGCAAAAAGACUGGCUACACAUUCGCCAAUUGCAAGAAAGCAUUGGAAAAACAUAAUAAUGACAUCAAUGCGGCCGAAAAAUGGUUGCACGAACAAGCUCAAAGUCUGGGUUGGUCAAAGGCCACAAAACUUGCUGAAAGGACAACUGCUCAAGGUUUAGUAGGUGUACUUAUUCAUGGCAACAUCGGUGCUAUGGUGGAAGUCAACUGUGAAACCGAUUUUGUUGCACGCAAUGAGCAUUUCAAGAAUUUUGUCGAUCACGUGUCACGCAUUUGUGCUAAGUACACCGAAACUACUGAUUUCGAUGGAGAUUUGUGGAAGCUAGGAUUCGAAGCUGAAGCGCUGAAGAACCUCCGGAUGGCAGAUGGCAAAACACUAGGAGACCACCUGGCAUUACUUAUUGGUACUGUAGGAGAAAAUGCUUCAAUUAAACGUGCGAUAUGCUUUAAGACCAGCAAUGAUUUACAAUUAGCUGGGUAUGCUCACCCGACAUCCACAAAUGUGGCUGCAGCGGAGAACACUACGCAAAUCGGCAAAUAUGGAACAAUUGUCGCCUUCCGUGGUUCUGGAGUAGAUGAUGAACUUCAAAAAAAUCUUUGCCAGCAUAUUGUUGGUCUUAACCCCGUGAAGAUUGGAGAAGAAGGAAAAGAUAAACCAGUGGCCAAUAAAGAUGAUGAAACAUGUCUCAUACACCAAGAGUACUUGCUCGACCCCGAUCGCACAGUAAACGAAGUCCUUAAGGAAAAUAACGUGACAAUCAUUGAUUAUCAACGAUACGAAUGCGGUGAGGCAACAAAAAAUGAGCGGUUGGAACAGGCUGAAGUAAGCAAUUAAUUGCGUGUGCUUGCAAAUAUGUAAUGUUAUAUAAUCCAUGAAUUGUUGUUUUUAACUUAGUCAUUACUUAAUUUCAAAUUUAAAUUUAUAGAAAUAUAAACAAGAAUAAAUAUUCAAAAUUCCAUAAAUUUCACAAAAUAAUUAAUACGUUCAUUGUGUUCGUUCCACAAUACAUACUUAUGUAUGUACAUAUGUAUGUCGUACAAGUGCACAGUAUUGCAAACAUACAUUAUAUAGAACCAUAUUUAAUUUUGUAUAUAACAGUAUAUACACUUCGAUACGCAUAUACAUAGCAACACUUGGACUACUAAGAGUUGUCACACUAUAUACUUAUAUACAUAAAUAUGUACAUAUGUAUAUACACGGUUCAACCACGCUCUGUACUGGCGGAUCUACGCAUGAGCGCCUUUAACCAAAGACCUCUUUUUAAGCUUUGAAACAACGCAUGUGCACAGGUAUACCAACAAAACAGGCGAGAGAAAUUAUGGCGGUUAUGGGGAGUUUAAAAUGUUCUCUAUUAUGUGAAUUCGCAUAUUUGUAUAUACAUAUGUAUGUAUUCAUAAUAAGAGUUCACAAUACUGUGAUUAUAACCAAAAAUAAGUAUGUAGAAUAAAAUUAAAGAACAAAAGGGGGAAUGCUUAGUCAACUGCUAGGGCAAUGGCAAAUGCGUUGAACGGCAUCGCAUGCCCGCAUGUUUGCCUAUAGAUUCAAAGAUGUGAAUGUGUAUGUGUAAAUUGUAAGCCAUGGAUUUGUACUUACUAAGUAAAAUUCAACAUCGGUAAUUGCGACAUAUUUUACAAAAUAGGAAAUAUUUGAUCUUCCUAAUAGAAUUAAUAAUAACUUUUAGGUUUUGUAAAAGAAAAUUGUAAGGUAUAUACUUAAAUAUAUGGUAUAUAUAUUAACACACAUUGCAAAUAAUUAAGGAAGCCGACAUUUUAUACAUUUAUUUUUGGUAGUCGCAAACCGUGUCCUUGUGGAGGUCACGUCGAUUUCCUUAUGAGUAGUUAUAUAUGUAUAUCCAAAAUUGAACGUAACACUCCACGAAAUAUAGAUAUGUAUGUGUAUGUUUCGAAAUAUGCAAUAAUGAUCCACAAAAGUGACUGCCACAACAACAAAACGAAACAUUUACUAACUCUUCCCUUUUUCAACUCCAUUUCUAAAUCACCAACAAAUAGCAACAGAGUUUUUCUGCUCACCAAAACAAAGAAAUUUUUUUUUAAAUAUUACAACAACAAAAUCAUAAAACUUAACUUUUUAUAACAGUAGCAAAAACAACAUAAACAAUAACAAAACCAUUUCAUUUCGGACAUUAAAGGUCUCUAAAAUGUUUUUGUUGCAAUUGUUGUUAUUCGUAAUGCCACAUUGUUGUUUAGGUUUAGUGGAGUUUGAAAUAUGUAGAUAUGUAAUUAAAGUUCGCGCGCUGGUCGUUGGCCACUCAGUUAUGAAUUUUCUGAUUUCACGCACUCAUCAACGGACUCGCAUAAACGCACCAUUACAAUAAUUUACAUUUAAAAUCAAAACCGAAAAAUUUACGCCUGCUGUAUUAUAAAGUGGAUUGUGCAUUAAUUCAACUGUGUCGCUGGCCAAAAGAGCCAAAUUAUUUCUGAAAAAUCUUGUUUUAGGACCUCGAAAAUAAGACAGCAGCAGCUUUAAAAAACAAAGAAAUUUGUCCGCGUGUGACACGAACUUAUAACGAGAAAUCUGUACAUUUUGUAAUAAAGAACCUAUGAAUCAACGAUUAGCAAUGCUGCAAUUCAAUUUCAUUAGGCAGGAAGUCUGCUCGAAUUCCAUAUCCGAUUUGAAGGUGGAUGCAUCCUUUCGAAAAAUUGUAAAAAAUGCAAUUUGCUUCCAUAUUUGGAAAAUUGAAGAGGAUCGUCUGGAAGCCGAGCCAAAAGCACAGUAUGGAAAUUUUAUCGACGACUGCGCGUAUAUUAUUUACGCGGCUGCGCCAAAAGGAUCCUACGUUAAUCAGGAAACUAUAACACGUGAAACAAAGUCCGGAACUUACUUAGAACGCUUCAUACACUUCUGGCUGGGCGAGAAGGUUUCCGAACAGAAGCGUUCUAAUGUCGCGCAUAAAAUACAAGAGCUCGAUUCCUACUUCAACAAUGUUGCCAGCGAAUAUCGUGAGACACAAGGCAAUGAGAGCGCGCGUUUUUUGUCCUAUUUCAAAAAGGGUUUUACGUACGUACAUUUUCUUUGGUAUUAUGAAAAAGCAGUUUCUUAUCAAUCUGCAUUACUAUAGCAUCCUUUCAAGCAACUUGAUUGGUUCUAAAAGCAGCAAUCGUCUCUAUCAGCUGCAUGGUCGCAAAUGGUUGCGUUGCAUAGAAAUGGACAGUAUCUCAUGGGAUUACUUUGGUUCCGACUACAUUAUGCUGUUGAAAACCGAAACAUAUGCUUUCGUUUGGAUCGGCCGUUCGAGUAGUACAGCCGAACGCCGCAGUGCGCUUGACUGGGUUACAAAACUUGGCGUGAAUGCAUCCAAUGUAAUUAUUGUGGACGAUGGUUAUGAGCAGUCGUUGCCGGAAAAGCUGAAAAAUCAGUGGAAUUCUUUUCUACCGCUAAGUCAGCGUGUUGUCAGUCAAGUUUCAGCAACACCAGACAGACAGCAGAACAACAAAAUCAAAAUAUAUAAAUGUGGUUAUAGAGGUACGCGUUUACAUUUGGAUCAGCUUGAUGUGGUCAUACCAACCAAAGAAGACCUAAGUGACACGAGCACUGCUUAUGUUUUGGAUGGUUGUUUGCAAGGUAUCUGGCUGUGGGUUGGAAAUAUGGCACCACAUCAGGAUAAAAUAAGCGCCAUGGGGAAUGGUCGAGCUUUUGUUAAAAAG